AAAAAAAUGUUUUCAUUUUUUUGAUAACAGUUUUAUCAUCAAAAAUACCUGCAUAAAAAAUGCUGCAUUAAAAAAUAUUAGAUAUUUCAUGUCGGUAUCUGGAGGAUUGUUAAUUAAUUAUCUGUUGAAGUAUUGGAGCUAUUGAAGUUCAUUUAGUAUUUAGCUGCUGAAAUCAAUAAUCGUUCCAUUUAAUACAUCUGGUGAUUUGGAUUUAGUGAAGUAUUGGUUUAGUCGUUUCCACAGCGUGUGUCUGUUGGUUGAAUUAUCUGAAGCUAGAAUUUUCCCAGUGUCGUCUUCUUUGCGAUUCCCCAAUCCAGUAUUAUAUGAUGAGUGAUCGUCCGCUUUGUUCAACAAAUGAAGAUUGGUGCCAAUAUUAAAAGUUGUACCGAGAUAACGAUCGUAAACGUUAUUUGUAUUUUCGCGAUGAUUCUGGUAAUAAUUCAGCGUUAAUUACUGCUUGCAGAAGUACCACCUGCGAAAAAUAUUGUAUUGAGAUUAGCUAUACAGCAAGAUUACUCGUUUCCUCAUUCUUAUUUCAAUAAGUUACCGAUUUAAUGGUGGAAGUGAUGAAUGACGUUGAUAAUUCAGAAGUGAAGCUUAAAUCGGAUGAUAACUCAGAAGCCGAAGAUGACAGCUCAUCGGCAUCGACCGACGAAAUUGAACCAAAACUGAAAUACGAACGGCUCAGUAACGAUAUACAGGAGAUCUUGCAAAAGGAUUCAGUCAGCUGCGUAGCUUUCCAUCCAAAAAUCAUUUGCAUCGGUACACGAUGGGGACUGGUGCAUGUAUUAGACCAUCAAGGCAAUAUAAUUCACAACGAGCAUCUGAAAACACACACUGUCGCUGUGAACCAAAUCAGUAUGGAUGCAAAAGGCGAAUUUAUUGCUACGUGUUCGGAUGAUGGUAAAGCUUACGUAUAUGGUUUAUACACCACCGAUAACGGACAAGAAAUCAGUCUUGGCAGAUGUAUCAAAUCUAUAGCCAUUGAUCCGCUUUAUUAUAAAUCAGGUAUUAAUAAACGUUUCGUUAGCGGAGAUGAUAGACUUAUCUUACACGAAAAAACAUUCCUAUCUCGAGUGAAAUCUACAAUACUUUACGAAGCCGCUGGUAGAGUGCAGAAUAUCAAAUGGCACAAUAGAUUCAUAGCUUGGGCAUCGGACGAAGGAGUCCGAGUAUACGAUAUUGUUGACCGUGUGUCGUUAGCUUUAAUAAAAUGGAAUCGUGUAGAAGACGUUAUACCGGAGAAUUACCGAUGCAGCUUGAUGUGGAAAAACAGCGUCACUUUGCUGGCUGGUUGGGUAGAUACGGUACGAGUUUGCAGAAUUGAAAAGCGUAAUUCCGUUAUCAAAGAUAUUCCCGAAUUCAACGUUGCUUUGAUGGCUACUAUCAAACUAGAAUAUUUCAUAUCUGGUAUUUGUCCAUUGGAUACCGCUCAACUGGUUGUGCUGGCGUACGAAAAAUUAAAAGAUGAAAACGGCAAAUCUUUACGUCCUUUGAUGUACAUGGUUCAAGCUGAUAAUUCCACCUCUAGAUAUGUCGAAGUGUACACUGAUAAUUUAACUCUGCGAGGAUAUCAAGAUUACACUUGCAACGAUUACCAUCUAGAUUGCCUGCUUGAUGAAAAUCGAUACAUCAUCGCCGGUCCCAAAGACGUUAUAAUCGCCAGCGUUUAUGAUUUUGACGAUAGAAUCGAAUGGUUAGUCGCUCAUAAUAAGUACGAAGAAGCAAUGGAUCUAGUCAUGAAUAAGAAUCGAUAUUUACAAAGAAAUACUCCAUUAUUGGUCGGCAAAAAAUACGUCGAUCAUUUAAUUAAUCUUAAAGACUUUGCUAAAGCUGCCGAACUAUGUUCCAAGAUCUUUGGAAAAGAUCGAGAUCUAUGGGAAAAAGAAGUAUUUCGAUUUGCUCGCAGCCAUCAACUACGCACUAUCAGCAAAUACCUGCCCAUCGAUCCUAAGCAUAAACUUCAACCUCAGUACUACGAAAUGGUCUUGUAUGAAUUUUUGAAAAUGGAACCGGAAAAUUUUUUGAAAAUUUUGAAAGAAUGGCCACCAAAAUUAUACAAUAUUCACGCCGUUAUUAACGCGGUUCUCGAACGAGUGGUCAACGAUUCGAAUUAUAAACAAACUUUACUGGAAGCUUUAGCCAUUCUUUAUACGCAUUCCGAACAAUACGACAAAGCGCUUAAUAUGUAUUUAAAGCUAAAACAUAAAGACGUCUUCCAGCUUAUCCAUAAGCAUAAUUUAUACGACAGUGUGCACGGUGAUAUCGAAAAUCUCAUGGAUUUAGAUACCCAACAAGCAAUAUCAUUAUUCCUAGGAAACAACAGUAUAACUACGGAUCAUGUCGUGUCGCGUUUGGCUGGUAAUGCCGAAUACUUAUAUUUAUAUUUGGAUGCUUUAGAUACUAAAGACCAUAAAUCCGUCGGUGGCAAGUACCACGAUCAAUUAGUCAAACUAUACGCUAAAUUCGCUCCUCAAAAAUUGUUGCCGUUGUUACGUCGUAGUGAUUCGUAUCCUAUUCAGGAAGCGCUUCGUAUUUGCAGAGAACGAAAUCUUUACCCUGAAAUGGUUUAUCUUCUGGGACGCAUUGGAAACACAAAGGAAGCUUUGAAAAUAUUAAUCAACAAAAUCGGUGACAUGGAACAAGCCAUAUCAUUUUGUAAAGAGCACAGCGAUCCUGAUCUAUGGGAAGAAUUAGUCGAUCAUUCUUUAUCAAAACCUGAAUUCAUUACCUAUCUUUUACAAAAAAUAGGUUCUUACAUCGAUCCGAGAAUCUUGGUCAAACGUAUAGAUAAUAAAAUGAAGAUACCGGGUUUAAAAAAUGCUUUAGUCAAAAUGCUACGUGAUUACAACCUUCAAGUAUCCGUUCAAGAAGGUUGUAAAAAUAUCGUCGUAUCUGAUUGUUUCGAUUUACACUAUCGUUUGGUGAAAAUGCAGCAACGAGGUAUCUCCGUCGAUGAUGAUUUAUUCUGCAGUGUUUGUCAUCAAAAAGUAAUCAUUAGAAAUAGCUCGGUCGAGAAAAACGUUUUAAUUUUUUAUUGCAGGCAUUCUUUUCACGAAGAAUGUUUACCUUCGAUCGGUACCAUGGAAAAAUGUAUCAUUUGUUGUUCGCAAAAAAGUACGUAAUAAUAAAUUAUGAUGCUAAUAGCGAUUUCAGUACCUAGUACCCAUUACCUAUAUUAUGUAUAUGUAUCAUGUCGUGUAAUAUUUUUGCUUUAAUUUCAACUUCACAUUGAUGUCGUUAUGUCGUCGAUUGUCUGGAUAUCUACGUAUUUGUAUAUCUUCGAGAUUACUAGUCAGGUAUUAUAGUUUGUUUUCGGGCGAAAAAAGAUUACGGAUGUCGGAAAUGAAUGAAUGAUGUACUUAUACGACUAAAAAGUAUAAUAACAAACAAAGAAACAAGAAACUCGAUCCUUGUUGAAUAAUGAAAAUAUUUACUACCUACUUUUGGGUCUUAUUUUGGAAUCAACCAACACAGUGCUUAUAUAUUAGCUCGUUUUAAAACUUUUACUCGAAUUAAAUUUGUCUCAACAUUCAUGAAUAAAAGAAAUACAAGAGGAAACGUUUUGCAACAAUAAAAGAAUUUUCUUCUGGAUUGACUUCGAGCGUAAGUUCGUCCGUCGCAAAAUGUUUUCUAACAUUUUAAAAAUGUGCUUAUUAGUGUGCUUUUAUAAUUUGUAACGCAUAAGUAGAUCAUUUUUUUCUUGGUUGAUACAGUUUUGAAAUACCUGCCCCUUGUAUAGUUAGUAAAAAUAACUGACGACAUGUAAAACAAACUGUGAUAUUUUAUAUUUUUGUUUUUCGCGAUUUUGUUAUUUUUUUUUAUCGCAUUCAAGUGCUAUUUCGUGCGCGAAAUUUGAAUAUUUUUCGUAAAUAUAAUAUUAUCUCAAGGGGAUUACGUUUUGUACGUUCUUUAUUCGCUUAUACGAGAAAUAUUUUAUAUUUUAGAUAUCGUUAUACAUAUACAAUAUACAAUAUGUUUUCACGAGUAUUUCACUAAAACACCCUCUAAAUUUUUAAUACUCCAGGUUCUUCCUUCAGAAAAUCAUCUCUAAUACAUUUUAUGCGGUACCUACUUGCUGUUAAGUUUCAUAUCUUAAGGUUACCAAAUGCGUUUUUUGCUCUAAAUUAUAAAAAAAAAAUGAAACAAGUAUAGGUUAAAAAUUGAAUAUUUUUUGUUUUAAUUUACCUAUGUAGGUAUAGGUAUAUUGUAAUGAUUUAACGGUGAUUUUAUUUGUGAGAUUUUGUAUUCAAUUGUUUCAAAGUGCCAUUGUAUACCGAUUGAAAUGAUGCCUACGUAGACCUAAAUGGCAGCAUUUUACUUUAAGUGAUUUAUGCGUACUGUAAUAAUUGUUGAUUUUACUAGAACUUUGUGAUUUGCGAGAUGUCCUAUGAUUCUCAGCGAUAAAAUCUGUUUAAAGUUUUUAUUUAAUUACUAUGCAAAUACAUUUUAUUUUUUAUGCUUUUUGAAUAGGCUUAUAAAAUUAUUGUGAUUCAACUUAUUAAAAAAUUAACCAUAA